AUGGUCCGAGUAACGGAAGAGUUGAUUCGCCGUCGCGCGGAGCACAAUAACUGCGAGAUUUUCACGUUGGAGGAGGUAUCGCUGCAUCAGCAGGACAUCGAGAGAAUCGAACAUAUCGAUAAAUGGUGCAGAGACCUCAAAAUCCUCUACUUACAGAACAACCUCAUUCCCAAAAUAGAAAACGUCGGGAAACUUAAGAAGUUGGAAUACUUAAAUUUGGCUCUUAACAACAUUGAAGUUAUUGAAAAUCUGGAAGGGUGCGAGAGUCUUGUGAAACUGGACCUGACCCUAAACUUUGUGGGCAGACUGAGCAGUGUGGGGGCACUGAGAGAGAACCUCCAUCUCAAAGAGCUUUUCCUGGUGGGAAACCCCUGUACAGAGUUCCAGGGCUACAGGCAGUAUGUGGUGGCCUGUCUGCCGCAGCUCCAGUGUUUGGACGGAUCCCCGAUUGGACGGGCAGAGCGUAUCCGGGCGCAGCAAGAUCUGGAUGUUGUGAGGAGGCGUGUCCAGGAACAGGAAGAGGACUAUGUGCAAAAGAGAGAGAAGCAGAAGAGGGAGGGGCUUGAAAAGUCACAGAGGCCUGGUUCUGAGAGAGAUGAAGACAGUCAGAGUGUUCUGUGCAGCGAGAACACGGACGUGAGGGACCAUCAGAGUCCGGGUCUAGACUCAGAGUCAGAGCAAACACAGCCGUCAGAGGAACAGGGCUUGGAGCAGCGAGACAGGGAAUUCUGGGAGAAACCGUGUGCUUUCACCCCAGAGUCCAGACUAGAGGCCCAUCACCAUCUGGAGGAGAAGAGGAGAGCAAAGGAGAGAGAGAGGGAGAAGCCGCAGAAGGUAAAGCCCAGAACUCUCAUUACAGCUGAAGGAAGAGUACUGAACGUCAAUGAGGCCAAGUUGGACUUCACCCUUACUGAUGAUGAGGAGAGCAACUGUGUUCUACUGGAUUUACAUGUUUAUAGACAUAUGGACACUUCCCUCCUUGAUGUACACGUUCAGCCAACAUACCUGAGAGUCACUGUUAAAGGAAAGGUCUUUCAGCUGGUUUUGCCAGCUGAGGUGAAACCUGACAGCAGUACAGCGCAGAGAUCCCAAACCACAGGCCACCUACUUGUCACCAUGCCCAAGGCUCAUGGUGACAUUAAGCCAAAGAAGUUCAGUUUCUCCCACAGUAACACACAGUUCACCCACAGGCCAAGCCCGGAGAGAGAGUGUAUGAGGAAACGUGAGAGAUUGGAGGUGGAGCCUGGCAAACAUUCAGCUGUUGAUCUGGCCAGUCUCACUCUGAGAGGAGACUACACCAGGCAGCAGCCUCUACGGUUACCAGCCAAUCAGCAGCUCCCUGCUACCAAGGAAACACCUAUCUCUAAGGACUUUGUGGACAACCCAGAUGUCCCACCCUUAAUAUAA